AUGAGCGAUGCUCAGUCUACAUCGGAGGAUGCACGAAAGGCCUGCGAGAACAAACGACCGCCGCAUGCGCCGAAUCCAGCGACAGACACUGCAAUCGUGCCAGGAGUGAAGAGCCCAGACCCGGACAGCGCAGAAGCGGUCGAUCCGAAUCAUGUCAACAUUUUCGAGAUGUCGCCGGUGCAGGCACUCAAGCUGCUUUGCACGUUUGUCGAGUCACUCGUACGCAUGACCGGCGACGUCCCUCCAACACCUCCUCCACGAAGUCGAGGUCAUUCACCAACGCCUAGCUUGUCUGGCCUGCGAAAGGUUUCAAACGCGAAUGACGGGAAGGAGAACAUUGGCUUCGCUGCAAGUCCACCGGGUCAGAUAGAUGGUGUGGCAUUGACAAAGACACCCAUCGGCUCGCCCGAAGCACAUCCUCAAGAGCCGACAUCGGUCAUCGGAGUUGACGCAGAGCCUGUCCACAUUCAGCAUGCCAUCAUCGCGCGAAAGUUCUGGUCGAAAAGACCGCCGGGCAUCCCACUGUUGGAAUACUUGAUGCGCAUGCACAAGUACUGCGCAAUGUCAACAGCUGUGUACCUUGCAACAGCCCACUACAUAUCCAGACUAGCAGUACGCGAUCGGCUGGUGCCAGUAACACCUCGUAACGUCCACCGCCUGCUGCUUGCCGGGUUGCGGGUGUCGAUGAAGGCUCUGGAAGAUAUGUGCUGGCCGCACAGUCGCUUUGCCAAAGUUGGCGGCGUCACCGAGCUUGAGUUGGGUCGACUGGAAGUUACCUUCCUGUUUCUUGCUGCUUUCGAACUAAAGGUCGACGAAGCAACACUGACAAAAGAAGCUGAAAGUCUGGCUAGGAAUGCUCAGGGCUCAGGCUCAGCACUGCUGGAAGGUCCUGUGAAUAUGGAACUGAAGUUACCAUCCGACAGACCAAAGUCAAGAGGAGGCGAGAAGAGGAAAGCAAGCAGCAACUUGCCCAGCCGACCUGCAAUAACGGUCUCACACAGUCAAGGUGCGAUUGAGGUGCUUGGGCAGUCAUAG